AUGAGCACCAGCUCGCGCCAACGCUCUGCGACCCGAUCUGAUACCCACGACCGAAAUUCGAGCCCAUUCCCAUCUGUGCCUCGAUCCAGAGACGAGAUACACAAUCUCGACGGCUUCGUCUUCAACGUCAACGACUUGCCCACCCAUACCUCGACGACGACCUCGACAACACCAAAGAUCCUGUCGCCAAACCUCAACGGUAACGGCGCUCUCUCGCCGUAUCCUCAGCCGAGGAAUUCCAACCUUCUUUCCGCCGGCGGUCUUCGCCCAAGGGCCUCGACUGCGAGCUCCGUUCCGACAACUCCUCUACUCGGGCUCGAUCCCGCGAGGCCAGCCACCAGAGCUGGCCCGCCUCCCCCGCCGGCCAUGUAUCAAAACACCCAGCGACAUGCCUCUUCGGCCGACCCCUCGAGACCCUUCCAGGUCCCCCCUCCACCGCCGCCUAUGUCGCCGCCCGUGCAAGGCCAGAUGAGCAACAUGAUGUCGAUACCUCCUCCGCCCCCGAGAUUCCCUUCUGCUCCUGGCGCAACAGGAGGGAGUGGGAUGAUGCUUCCGCCGCCUCCAGGGCCACCGCCUGGAAGCGCAAUGGCAGGCCAGGCACCAUGGCACGGCGCCUUUGGGCGCAUGUACGACGGUCGUGGCGGCUUCAAUAUGCCACCUCCCCCGCCGGGACAACACCAGGCCUACAAUCCAAAGUUACACGCGCAGGUUGCGACGGGAACGACACUAUCGAUACCGCCCCCACCUCCACCGAACGAACAUGUUAUGUCGGCAACCUACAUACCACAAGGUGACACGUACGGCGAAGGAGUUGGGAUCCCUGGUCUAGGUGGCUUUGACGAAAAUGCGACCUUCUCAGCAACCUCCCAGAGCUCAUGGCCUACCAACAGUCAGACCAGCGGCGAUACGGCAAUGACUACACCGCAAGACGAUGUGUCAGGAGGGAGGGACAGAAUGUACGCUCAAGCAAUGCACAGCCGUGGUAUGUCAACGACCUCCAAUGCUACGUCCAUCAGUACCUCAAGCAUCCACCCAGAGCUGGCGGCGCAAUGGCCGUUGGAAAAAGUGCUGUUGUGGCUGGCUACAAAUCAAUUCUCCAAGGACUGGCAGGAGACUUUCAAAGGGCUUAACCUGCAUGGUGUUCACUUCCUUGAGCUCGGUAGUAUGCACGGUGGUAGGGGUAACUUUGGCAUGAUGCACCAGCAAGUAUACCCACGAUUGGCUGUCGAGUGCACAAACAGCGGGACGGGCUGGGACCAGCCGCGGGAGCGAGAAGAAGGCAAAAGAAUGCGACGUCUCAUCAGAAGCAUCGUGACCGGCCGGCCGGCUGACCCUUCCAAAGUCUCGUCGCAUGGCCGGAAGGAGUCGGUCAACCACGGCAAUAACUUACCUAGCGCUGGGACGGAUAUGGCAGAGUCUCCCAACGUGAGUAUGAUUACCCGUGUGGGUGAACACCCAAAGACUGAUGGACGGCAGACGCCUAUCAAAGCGCCCGGCCCAGGUUUUGGCGGCCGUCGAUUUUCGCAAACGAGAUCGACGACCAUGCCGACUCUGAACAGCACCAUGAGUUCAGAUUCAAGCCACAGAAACAUCAUGAAGCAGAUUGAUGGGGACGGAAUCCGCCGGCAAAGUCCAAAUGCCAGCGAGUCCGGCGAGGGCACUUUUCGUCCGCCCCCCUUACGGACCGACAGCCCGAACGGCAGUCCAAAUCCUCAAAGCGCUUCGCUGUUCCCCUCCUCCGCGGGCAACAUGUCAGCGUCUCCUCAUUCAACAAAAUUCGGACACAGGUCGAGAAACAGCACAGAUUCUGUAUCUUCCAACGCCGCUAUUUACGGGUCAGGUAUCCCACCUGAAGCUACCCAAAUGCUGCGUAGUGGAAUGAACAUUGCAGACAUCAUUCAAGCCACUCGGAACGGCGAGCCUCGGCGGCUCGGGCAAGACGGAGGGCGUCCAUCGCCGCAGGAUUCUACGGGUGACCGUUCAGCCGGCACUGAGCCUCCGUCCUCUGCUAAGGAUUCUAAGAGUUUCCUCAGUCUCAGCUUCUUGUCGAGAAAGAACAAGCAAAAGAAAGAAGACGGUUUCCCAAGCCCCGACGACAUGGAAUCGCCGACAUCUCCAGCACUCAGCUUCAAGCCUCACUCUUUUGGCUCCCGCUUUGGAAACAACAGCGAAACGUCUUUGGACAUUCGACCUGGAUCCAGUUUUGAUGUUCACGAAAAGGAUUCGGCCAAGUCUCGACGUCCUGGCCCUAACCGAGUGUUUGCACUGGCUACCAUGGAUGGAUACAAUUAUCGCAUGUGCGACAUCACCGAGGCCGAGUCGGCCAUGGACCUUCGUCUCGUCAUUUGUAGCAACUUGGGUCUGAUGGAUGCCACGACAUCUCAAAUUUACCUCACCGAGCUUGGCAAAUUCAACCACGAGAACCCUCUGGACGACCAGAAACUACUAAAUAAUCGCAAGCAUAGAGCCGACGCGAUAGGGACUCUCAAGUUCUUUAUUCGUCAAGGCGGAAAUGCGCCUCAGGGCUCUGGUCACGCUAAUGGCAAUCCAAUGCAUACAUCCCUUGACGAGGAGGCAUACAACCGACUGAACGGGUUGUCGCGGACAAGAUCCAGUUCUUCUCCCCCAACGUCGAGGCAAAAUACCAUGACCGGCGAAAGGGUAGAUGACAAGAUGCUUGCCCAAGAAGCAAGCGAGUAUCGUGCCGAGAUGGAGCGUAAGCAGCGUGAGUACCUCGAAAAGAGGCGCAAAGCUGCGGGUUCCGGCAACACGCCAGAGAGUGCUACUACGCCGUAUGGUAUUCACGGCAGGACCGUCGACUUCGACCAGCCACGCCAAUCGCCGUACGAGGACAAGAAGCCGGAAGUGCUGUUCCCCGUGCGGAAGCCUCCGGCGCCGCCGAGUGACCCAUCAGCUACCUUGCUCAAAGCCAACUCAUUGAGUCGGAAGACUGGGCAUGCGAUGCGGUCGUCUGCCGAUGGAGCUCCUACGCCGCGACGGCCCUCGACUCUGUUUGAGGAUAUGGAGCUCCCCGGCCAGAACGGAGACCGUAAGAAGAAGACUUCGAGCCAGCCUGUCGCCGGAAUUGGUGCAGCACUUGUGGGCAUGGGCAGAGGCCUUGGGGCAGUUGGUGUUAACGCCAACCGAAGAUCCAAGUCGCCCAACCGAGUGUCAUCGCAACCAGCUUUAGGCAACGAAUAUUCAGACCGAGUACACAGAGUUGCCUCGCGCGAGAUCAGCCCCAGCUCCAUGAACCCCCCACCAUUCCCCCAGAGUGCACCACCCCAGCCUCACCGUCGCAAGUCUCACGGGCCGGACUUUGAUUUCCUUGAAUCCGAGGUCAGCUUUGAGAAGCCUGCUCCGCCACCUGCUCCAGAGCGAGGUGAUGAUUCAGGGGAUGACUCAGAUGAUGGCCUGUUUGCCAUUCCCAUCGCUGCUGCCAAGCCCAAGCCGACAAAGAUCACUCGCAUUUUUGACGGCGACGAUUCGCCUGAUGAAUCGACCGAUAGGCGGCCAAACUUGACGGUGAAUACGUCUAGAUCUAAGGGGAAACAGCUUUCAGUGUCAUUCACGUCUCCCAAGUCUUUGGGCAGUGCAAGCAACAGAACCCCCGAAGGCGAAGAGGAUGACGCUCUCAUGAGUGCCAGGAGCGGUAAGAGUUCACGCAGAACUCCAAACACACCUCAGUCGGAAUCGGAGGAUAGCAAGCUGGGCAGGAGGAAGUCGUUUGUAGAGAAGGAUGUCUGGGCCAAUCGUCCGACCACCGACGCCCUUAUUAACAACCUCGAUGACUUCUUCCCCAACCUGGAUCUUGAUCAACCCGUACUGGAAGAAGGCGAGGCAGAGGCCAACCCGCCGUCCCCCAUUGCUGAGGGAGAGGAGAAGGAAGCUUCCAAACGUCCUGCGCCACCCCAGUCACCACCAAGUCUUCGUGCCGCCAUUUCCAACAAUCGAUCAUUUUACAAUGACAACGAUACGCUCGGAUCGGAUGAGUCUACUCUCAAGGCACUUGAGCGUCCUGCGUCGGUCGCGUCGGUUGCACAAAGGAGUGUUCGACGCUCGGGCGGCCUGGGCCGGAUGAAGUCCAUUCGUGAGGUUGCCCGUGGCGCUCAUGAGGCUAAUAAGCGGUUCACCACGACGACAACCACACAACCUGGCCAGGCUACCCAGAACACAUCAGUACUUAUGAGGAGAAAGAGCACGAAGAUGUUCAAUGCCAAUAUUGUACAAAUUCGGCCUGAUCAGCGAGGCAGUAUGGUCAUGCCGCAGAUUCCCCAGGACACCAUUCCCAAACGCCAGACCACAUUCCGGUGGUUCAAGGGUCAACUUAUCGGCAAGGGUACAUAUGGCCGUGUCUACCUCGGUAUGAAUGCCACAACUGGAGAAUUUUUGGCUGUCAAGGAAGUCGAGGUCAACCCCAAGGCUGCGCAGGGUGACAAGGCGAAGAUGCGUGAGCUGGUGGCAGCUCUCGAUCAGGAGAUUGAGACCAUGCAGCAUCUCGACCACGUGAACAUUGUGCAAUACCUUGGAUGCGAGCGUAAGGAAACUUCUAUCAGUAUUUUCCUCGAGUACAUUUCUGGUGGCAGUAUCGGAUCUUGCUUGCGCAAGCACGGCAAGUUUGAGGAGUCUGUUGUCUCAUCACUCACUCGGCAAAUGCUUUCUGGUCUUGCGUACCUUCACAGAGAGGGUAUUCUGCAUCGCGACCUCAAGGCGGACAACAUCUUGUUAGAUCUCGACGGAACUUGCAAGAUUUCAGAUUUCGGUAUCUCCAAGAAGACGGACAACAUUUACGGCAACGACAAGUCCAACUCGAUGCAGGGCUCAGUUUUCUGGAUGGCACCGGAGGUUAUCCGCUCUGAAGGCAAGGGCUACAGUGCCAAGGUCGACAUCUGGAGUUUGGGCUGCGUUGUACUGGAGAUGUUCGCUGGUCGACGACCUUGGUCCAAAGAAGAAGCUGUGGGAGCCAUCUACAAGAUCGCCAACGGAGAAACGCCGCCUAUCCCUGAUGAAGUUCGAGAAACUAUCAGUCCACUGGCCAUCGCCUUCAUGCUGGACUGUUUCACUGUAAACCCGCUGGAGCGACCUACAGCAGAUGUCCUGCUUUCGCAGCAUCCCUUCUGCGAGCUGGACCCCAAUUACAACUUUUUUGACACGGUGCUGUACUCCAAGAUUCGCGGCAAAGACGUCUAG